GUUUGAAUUCUGACUUUUGAUAAAGGCAAUCCCGUUUUACGAACGCGACCUUUUCUUUGCAACUCUCUGGAUCAGUUUGUUGAGGAGGGUGCUCUAUUCUACUACUCCCAGGUGGUGAAUCGGCAAGUCCCCAUUCGGUUCUCUAGGGUUUACUCUGCUCAGCUCACCAAUGGCUGAUCCUGAGUUGGAAGCGAUCAGAAAGAGAAGGAUGCAGGAACUUAUGGCUCAGCAAGGCGUGGGAAGUCAACAAAACUCUGAACAGCAGAAGGCUCAGGAAGAUGCUAAGAGGGAGGCCGAGGAGCGAAGACAAAUGAUGCUCAGUCAGAUAUUGUCUGCUGAAGCCCGGGAAAGACUUGCUCGAAUUGCUUUGGUGAAACCUGAGAAAGCAAGAGGUGUUGAAGAUGUCAUAUUGAGAGCUGCUCAAAUGGGUCAGAUAACAGAAAAGGUUUCUGAAGAAAGACUCAUAUCAUUGCUGGAGCAGAUAAACAACCAAACAACCAAGCAGACGAAAGUUACAAUACAAAGGCGUCACAGUGUUCUUGAUGAUGAUUAGCUGUUGCUAUGAUAUCCCUUUGAAAGGUGUGCUGGGUAUUAAUAUGAUGCUUUAUUGUGCAUUUAACUAGACAGUAUAGUGUUAAUGGGCUGCAAGACAUAUCUGUUCCAUUUUAUGGUUUUGAUUUUUCUCCCUAGCCAGUUUGAAUUACUCUGGAAGAAUUUUCAUUCGUACCCAGUCUUAACCAUAUGUAUGACAAUUUCAAUCUUGUGGGUGGCAUUUCCGAGAUCUAUAGUUUGCGUAAACAUGCCCUGAGAUACACAGUUUACUUUGACAUUCCCGUCCACAGAACCUUUUAAAUGUAAUAAUCACAAAUGAGUACAGGCUGUUCAGGCUUGGUGAGGCUUGUUGGUGCCUGUUUGGGCGAUGCACAUUGAGGACUCAGCAAAUGAACCAACAAGUUGAGUCUAAGCAGAGAGCUUAUGAACUGAUUGGAUUCAUGGAAGACAUGGAGAUUUCUCCUUCUUAGGUUGUGGUCUGACAUGACAAGCGCAAAUCUGGUUUAAUAUGUCUAUGACCAAUUGGUGCUCAUAACUUAUUUAUUUAUCUGAGGUCAAGCUCCGGAUUAA